UCCUUCCCCAGCAGGAUGCUGGCAGCCGAGGAGCUUUAGGGGCUGGCAGAGAUGGGGUGCCCGGAGGAUGGGGGGGCUGGGGCCCACCUCGAGGACACAGUGGUGCUCCCGCUCUCCGAGAAGGAUGGCCAGGUGGAGCAGAUGCUGUGGCUGCAGCAGCAGGUGGCGGGACUGCACGAGGCGGUCAGGAGCCAGGAGUCCCAGUGGGCCGCCGCCGAGUGCCAGCUGCAGAGCCGGAGAGACGCUCUGGCACAACAGAACCUGGAGCUUCGGGCCGGGCUGAAGACCUCAGGGCCCCCGAUGGCCAGGAGCUGGGAGGCAGUCACGGGCACCCUUGGCCCGAGAAGGAAGUCGGACCCUCUGGUCUCAGACGGCAUUCUUGCUGUACCUCGAGGCAGCAUCACGGUAAAGGUGGACACACAGUCACCAGUGCCCGUGGUGACCUUCAGCCUCCAGGAGGUAUCUCAAUCGGCUUUUGGGAAAAUGUUACCUCUGUCAGCUGAUGAAGAGAUAUUAGUGAAACAUGCAGGCCGCAGAAGUCAUAGUGCUACUGUCACAGGACAAGGACAGUCAUCUAAACAUGACCCUUCUUCCCAGCUGAUAAGUAAGAAGAUAGAAAGAACAGAGGCAGGGGAAAUAAGAUCAUGUGAAGAUGGAGAUGAAACUCUUUCUAGAAGUCUUCAAGACAGAAGUGCAAUGCCUCCCACCCGGGGGAUGCCCUCCGAGGAGAGACCAGCCGCAUUUGUGGAUGAACAGGCCACACACCAGUCAUCCCAAAGUCUGCAAAAAUCAAGUGGCUGGAACUCACCAGUGCCAGCCAAGGACGCAGAAGAUGUCAGGCUCAAGGAGGACAGCCCAGCCGCUGAUAAGAAUGGCACACGUUCAUUACCUUGCAAAGGUCCUGAGGGUGGGCUUCUCCCCCCAGAGCACAGUGAUGGGUCUGUCCACGCCCCACCUGGCACUGUCAAGCCACAGAAUCCUCCUGCAGAGCCAGGACCUUCCCAUAUGGAAGCAGAGAGAAAACUGGAGCACAAAGAAGGAGGGACGCAGCACCCAGAUGGCAUGGUCGUCCAGGGGCUUGGCAACGGCUGUGAUGUCAUCCCCUUGUCAAAGGGCACCGGCAAGGACAGAGGCGCUGGCAGGAAGGCCACUGUCCUGCGGUAUUUAAAUGGAGACGUGAAGAAGAUCUUGCCAGAUCAGAGAGUGAUUUACUAUUAUGCAGAUGCUCAGAUAACGCGCACAACCUAUCCCAACGGUUUGGAAGUUGUGCAGUUUCCUAACAAGCAGACAGAAAAACAUCACCCCGAUGGCUCAAAGGAAAUCGUGCUUCCAGAUGGGACAGUGAAACGUCUGAGUGAUGGACGUGAAGAGACUGUGUUUCCUGAUGGGACAGUCGUCCACGUGGAAAGGAAUGGCGACAGAACAAUCAUGCUCAGCAAUGGGCAAAGGGAAAUUCAAACGGCCGGGUUCGAGAGGAGGGAGUACCCCGAUGGUACUGUCAAGAUUGUGUACUGCACGGGCUACCAGGAGACCCGCUAUGCAUCCGGGUGCGUGAAGAUCAGAUAUGAGCCUGGAAACAUGGUCCUGGAUGGAGGAAGACGCCUAGAAAAUAAGCAGCAUGUUGGCAGUUAGUGGGUUUUUACACUCAACGUGGAGAAUCCCCCAGUCACAGGGAAGGAAAAUCUUGGAAAAUCUCAUCAUAAGAUGUGGGUUUCUGUAUGUGUUUUCAACAAUAUAUACUCGUGUUUUUCUAUGA